CCGCAAAUCCCAUUCCACUCCAUUCCAUUCCAUCCCAACCCAGUGCCAUGGGCAGGGACCCCUUCCACUAGACCAGAUCAUGCCAAGCCCCGUUCAGCGUGGCCUUGAACACUUCCAGAGACGGGGCGGCCGCACAUGCUCCGGCCAUUGUGCCAGCGCCCCUCUCCCCUCACAGGGAGCUUCCCCUCGCUCCCCGCCGGUGCCGCGUUGGGCGGGAAGGGCAGCGGAAGGAGGGCGGCCCCGCUGCCUUGGCGGGCUGCGGCGCUGCGGGGCGGGGCGGGCACGGCCGGCAUGGCGCGGACCAAGGUGGACCAGCGCGGGCGCGCCUUUCGCAAGGUGCUGGUGGCCCGCGCUCCGCGGAAGGCGCUGGGCUCCGGCAGCAUCAACGCGAGGCCGCCGCUGCCCAGCCCGAGAGGUGACAGGCGCCCUGUGGGGCUGAACCGGGUCUGUGUGCGGCCGGUGCCCGCCUGGCAAAGGGGCAUCAGCGACUUCCUAAAGCGCCCAGCCAAGGAGAACCGGGUGCCCGACGGGGAGAUGCCCGGCACCAGCAGCCUGGAAGCUCAGACCCUGCCACUGGAUCCUGCCGAAGAUGGAGAGUGCUUGGAGGAAGAGGAGAUGUGAUCUGACCUCGAUUUUCAUGUUAAAAUGCUCCUCCUACUCGAGCUGGGUUUUGUACAUUUGUAUAGUUUUUUUACAAUUUUUAUGGCUUCCUUUUUAGCUUUUCUACAAGACUUAAAAGUCUGAGAGAUGGCAUGAACACUGGAGAAAUUAAUUAAUGUUUACUGUUUGGCAUUUAAUGUUCAUUGCAAACCACUGGUUUAAUUCUUAUCUUGGUUUGCUUGAGUUCCUCCUGCAUGUUGGGAAGCUUUUGUCUUUCAUCUUCUGACUGCCUCGUGCUUGUCCAAGACUUGCAUGAUUGUGGUUGUUCUGCUUCUAAAAAGCAGAUCUUCCAUUUUUUAAUAAACUGAAGCACACA